CCCAGAUCCCCCGAACUACAAACAAACACUUGAGAGACUUGACUUCUACUAAAUAACCAAAGCUAUAAAACUCCAUCCACCACAGUUCAACCCUCAUCUACCUACCUACAUUCAUAACUCUAUCAACGACUACAAGAAAAUCCGAUGCGUCCCCUCACCCACCUCCCCCUUCUCACGCUCCCUCUCCUCUCCAGCGCCCUACCCAAAACCCAGACGUCCGAACUCACCCCUCUCCCCCUCGUAAUAUGGCACGGCCUAGGCGAUGACUACCUCCGUGACGGGAUGAAAGAGAUCGCCGCGUACGCGGAAAAGGCCAACCCAGGCACCUACGUACACCUCAUCCACCUAGGCGACAGCAGCAACAGCGACCGCCAAGCCACCUUCCUCGGCAACGUGACGGAACAAAUCUCCAGCGUGUGCGAGCAGCUCGCGUCAGAGCCGAUCCUGUCAUCUGCGCCAGCAGUCAACGCGCUGGGGUUCUCACAGGGCGGCCAGUUCCUCCGCGCCUACGUCGAGCGAUGCAAUAACCCGCCGAUCCGGAACCUCGUGACCUUCGGCAGCCAGCAUAACGGCAUCGCUGAAUUCCAGGAGUGUUCCUGGGGUGACUGGGUGUGUCGGGGUGCGGAGGCGCUGCUGCGUGCCGGGCGCUGGUCGAGUUUCGUGCAGUCGCGGUUCGUGCCGGCGCAGUAUUUCAGGGACCCCGAGGACCUGGAGCUGUAUUUGGAGAAUAGCAAUUUCUUGGCGGAUGUCAAUAACGAGCGUGAGGUGAAGAAUGAGACGUACCGGGAGAAUAUGCUGCGGUUGAAUCGGUUUGCGAUGUUUCUGUUUGAGGAUGAUACAGUCGUGCAUCCGAAAGAGAGCGCGUGGUUUGCGGAGGUGAAUGUAACGACUGGGGACGUAACGUCGCUUCAGGAGCGGGCGAUUUAUACCGAGGAUUGGCUGGGCUUGAAGGAAUUGGAUGAACAGGGGAAGUUGGAGUUCAAAACUAUUCCGGGCCAGCAUAUGCAGUUUUCGGAUGAUGUCUUGGAUGAUGUCUUCCGAGAGUACUUUGGGCCUGUGGAGGUCGAUCUUCCACCGAGUUAUGUGCUUGUGAACCAGGCCGGUUACAAUUAAUCAGGGAGCUGUAGUUACUGAGUACCUAUUCAAUUCUUCUGCGGCUUGUAUACCCAAUACUGGGAUAUAGAUUAUCCCUAGGGCGCCUAAUUAACUAACUGUAUGUUUGCUAGGCUUUUCAAAUGAUAUUCAGUACAUAGAUAAAUACAUGUCACCCCGCCUUGAUAAUGCCCUUCAUUCCCUUCGCCAUCCCACUCUGAUAGAACGGUGAAUCCAGUUGUAUAAGUUAAUCAAGAUAUUGGGGGUGUACAGCAUAGAACCGAAGGAUAGAAAUGACAACAGCUAAAGAACAGAUUGGGUACAAAUCUAUGAAAUCGCUGGAUACUAAGCCAUGUGACCAGGUCGACAGUGAAAGAACCAA